AUGUGGUACGAUGCAUGCACAAAAUGUUCCGCUUUUGUUUUUAAAACCAAAGAUACAACAAUUUGCAACAAAUGCAAAGAGGAAAAUGUCGAAACCAAACCUAGAUACAGGGUUGUUUUGAAUGUCGUCCAUGGAUCACACAAUGCAACCAUAACUAUGUUUGAGGAAGCUGCUACUGCAUUCAUUGGUUGCACAGUUCUUGAAUACAUAAAAUCCAUUGAGGAGGGGAAAAACAACUCCAAAUUUUGUAGAGACCUCAGCUUGCAAACUUCAGCUACAAUUAAAUUUCUCAUACCAUUAAAUGCUAAAACCAAGGUGGACGAUAAAAAGCUAAUUGUUGUUGCUGAAGCAAUCGAGAAGAUUAACCCACCUUUGGAAAAGGGCAAGAAGAGAACAAAGAACGAUGAAGAUGUCGAUGGAAAUUUUGAAAAGAAGUCGCAUCGAAAAAAAAAUUAA